CUGUGAUUAGCUUCUGUUACCCGCGUGCUGUGUGAUUAUGUUUAUUGUUUACAUCUACAAUCAUGGUAGAUAAGUGGGUGUACAACACGGUGCUGUGUCAGACAUUCUCGCCAUGCGGUAAUUACAUGUGUGCUGGCAAUACAUAUGGUGAUGUAGCCGUUUACGAUUUACAGAAAAUACUAAGUCCUUCAGAGGAUGUUUCUCCUCCAUUUAGAAAACCAGAAUAUCACUUUCUGGUCAACAAGGAUGUACAAAUAUGUAGCAUGGCCACAACAAGCAAAUUUCUCCUGACUGGUACUGUGGGUGAAAUAAAUGGCUGGGAUUGGAAGUCUGUUACUUCGACAUCAGGGAAAGCUCCCAAGCCAUUAUGGUCUCUUCAGCUUCCUUCAUGCAAGGACAUUCUGGAGAAAGCAGAUGUAAAUUCUUUAGAUUUUAAAGAGGAGCCUGGAUAUAUAUAUGCUGGUUGUGGUGACAACAAAGUUCAUAUUUUCGCUAUAGAAGAUGGGAGGCUUGUUAGAACACUGGAAGGACAUGAAGAUUAUAUUCAUUCAGUACAAAGCUGCUCGGAUAAUCAGAUAGUAUCUGCAAGUGAGGAUGGAACUGUACGUAUUUGGGAUUUAAGACAGACGAGAGCAAUAGCUGUUAUUCAGCCACAUCUGAGUAACAAGGUAGCUCGGCCAGACCUGGGGAAAUGGAUUGGAGCAGCUGCUGUUUGUGAUGACUGGCUCUUGUGUGGAGGUGGCCCACGCUUAGGAGUUUGGCAUUUGAGAUCUAUGGAAGUAACGACGACAUUCAAAUUAGAAGAUUAUGGGAUCCAUGUGGCAAUGUUUUAUGACGAUGGAGUGAUGGCAGGUGGUGCAAGUCCUUAUUUUUACCAGAUGAAUUUAAGUGGUGAUAUCUUGGCACAGAUACCUUCAUCUUCAACAACUGUAUAUUCAGCUGUGUAUCAAGAAGAACCAUUGAAGGUCAUGUGCAUUGCGGGCUCCAGUUCCAAAAUUGAUUUGUGCACAAAUUUCAGCUACAGAGACCAGAUACUCAGUUUCGCUCCGUGAAUACAGAAUCUAAUUUUUUGGUGUAAACGGAGAGGGACUGAGAUUGCGUCUCUGCUUUUGAUACGUAUUACUGUGUGCUGAGAAAACUUUGCAACUUCAUUUAGUGGUAAGAACCCGAAUUUUUUACUAAAUGAUGAAGAACUUAGAAAUUCUUUCUAGAUAUUGAAUAUAUCAGUGUGCCUGGGUCAAAGUAAGAUUGAUGUGAGAUGAAUUUCAUAUAUUUGUAAUGAUAAAAUCUUGACAAGUUGCAGAUAUAUACCGAAUUUUGAAAAGAAGAGGGAGAUGAUAUGUGUUGCAAACUUUACUUGUAGAUUUGUUUGGAGUUCCCUGCAGACACAACAUACUUGAAAAAGUUGGUGACUACUAGUGCAGAUUCGUGUUAAAGAAGGAAAUGGUGCUGUAUUUCUUGUCAGGAAAAUUAAAAAGACUCAUCCCUGUGUGUAAUAUAUGAUCUUUGGUAAAUGUGUUAUUUGGAUAAUAUCAGUUAGUAAGAGACAUAUACCUGUAUUGUAGCAAACAGAUGUAUGGAAACUGGAAGUAGAUACUAUAACUUUUUCUAUGAAGUCAUGAAAUGUGCAAAUGAUACAUGCGUUUUUAUGAAUAAGUGUGCAGUGUACAAAAGUAUUGUGUGGAGAAGAAAAUUAUUUUCUGUGUAUUUUGAUUUUUAAUUGUUGUCACUGGAAUGUGUUGUGUCUGAUUUCUAACAGAGAUAAACCAAUAUCUUUUAACUAAUGUUAACAGUUCAUUGCAAAUAAGUAGCAUACAGAGAAGGUGAUUACACUGGGCAACAAAAAAAGAUUUUUUUAAAAAAGUCUAGGGUUUUCCCGCUGAAUUAGACUAAUUUUGAUGCCCUGAGUCCGAAAAAGACCUUGGUUUUGGUCUAUCAGGUCAGGAUUUUUUGCUACAGAAAUUUUUAAAAAUCGAUUUUUCGUAAAAAAACAAAUUUCUUUGUAUCAUCUGCUGAGAAACCCCGGAAGAUUUUUUCCGUUUUCCUCAAGAAAUAAAAGUCAACGUAUGCAAAUUCAUUAAGUUUUUAUUUACUCCAUCAAAUUAAAUAAGCAUAUUUAUCAUAAUAUUAGUGUAACAAUGAGCGUUACGUGACACAAAAGUUCAGAGUUCACGGCAUGAAUCGGCGUUUCUUCGAUUCCCGUUUGUGAGCAGCUGCUGGGUUGCCUCUCUUCAGCAUCCAGCAGUAGUCCGCCAUCAUGACUGCGUCCCACCUCCCCUGGUACCUAUCCUCCAUUUGGCGCAUGUCCUGAUGGAACCUUUCUCCCUGCUCGUCGCUCAUCGCCCCAAGGUUUUCAGGAAACUUCUCCAUGUGUGAGUACAGGAAGUGCAUCUUUAUACUCAUCAAACACCCGAGCUUUUGAAAGGCCUCUAUCAUGCUGCUGAUGAGUCUGGCGUGGUUUACUGCCUUCGUGUUCCCCAGGAAGUUGUUCACCACCUGCACAAACGAUUUCCACGCGGCGCACUCUAACGUGUUCAUGGAGUUUUCGAACUCUGUGUCCUUUAUGAGCUGCCGUAUCUGUGGCCCAUCGAAAAUGCCGGCCUUCAGCUUCUCAAUGGUCAGUCGCGGAAAGGCUCGGCACAGGUAGUGGAAGCACCUCCCAUCCUUGUCCAGAGCACGCGUGAACUGUUUCAUUAACCCAAGCUUCAUGUGUAGCGGUGGGAUCAAUAUCUUCUCCCGGUCAACAAGAGGUUCGUUUAUGAUGUUUCUCGCACCAGGUACUAACUGCUCUCGUGGCGGCCACACUUUCUUUACAUAGUGCUGGGCUCUGUCUCGACUGUCCCACAUACAUAUAAAGCAUGGGUAUUUCGUGAACCCGGACUGCUGACCAAGUAGAAAGUUCACCAUCUUGAAGUCGACGCAGAUGAUCCAUUGGUGCUGCUCAUAUUGGAUUUUGUCGAGCACGUACUUCACUGCUUCAUAUUUCUCUACGAGAGUUGUGGAGUGAGCAAGAGGGAUUGAGGCGAACUCGUUCCUGUUGUGGAGGAGCACACACUUCAAAGAGCGCUUGCUGCUGUCAAUAAAGAGUCGCCAAUCUCUUGGAUCGUAUGUAGGAGCCCCGAGUUUAACAAGAAGACUGCGACAUCUCGGCAGUACACUAGGUCUUCCUCCUGGCAGAAGUAGCCCAUGUAGUCCUCAUGCCUUCUAUGAAAGAAAGUGAUACGCGCGUCCUCGCCAAGUAGAUUUUUCUCUUUGAGUCUGGAGGCCAACAGCUCGGAUGAAGUCUUCGACAAGCUGAGAUCCCGAACAAGAUCAUUAAGCUCACAUUGUGAAAAGAGCUGCCGACCAUCUUGUGCUUCAUACUCCUCGUCUGCUAUAUAUCCUCCCUCAUCUGCAGUGGUGGCCUCGUCGUCGAUGUUAGGAAGCUCUGUGAACGCUGGUACAGGAAUUUCUUCGCAGUGAGCAACUGGAUGGCGGGCAGAUGGAAGGUCGGAGUACUGGAGGCUGUGCCGAUUCUUCCGGUUGAUGCCAGUAGUAUUGAUGGCGCAGAAGUAACAAUCCGAUGCAUGGUCCAAGGGCUCCCUCCAAAUCAUCGGAAUCCCAAACUUCAGUGAAGUUUUCGUGCCAUUCGUCCACCGCCGGAGGUAUUGCACGCACUUCUUGCAGACCGUGUGCGGUGCCCAGGGCUUAUCUUGGUCACCCAGCUUGACUUGAAAGUAAGCCUGGUGGCCGUUCUUCACAAAUCCCGUGAUGUUCUUCCUGUCCACUGAAAGCGUGUAUUCUCCGCAGAUGUAGCAGAAAACGUCUGGAUUAUUCAUGCAUGAACGUCGCGCAGAAGCCAUAUCAAUCUGAAAUAGUAAUAGAAAUAUGCAGUUGACUGUCAGACAAUAAAAAUUAGAAUAAAUUUUAUACUAUAGUAAGAAAAAAAGGCAUCUAUUGGAAUGAUUAACUGUUACAAUCUUAAAGGCUUCUUUUGUUUUCAUAUGUCCUGAAUAAUCCCCUUAAAACCCCUAAUAUUAGCAUAUUGAAGCCUAUAAAAAGGCUUACAUUUCAGGGAAAAAUGGUCAUGUAGGCCUAUGGCUGUAUCUCAAAAAGUUGACCUGAUAGAGCAAAAUCAAUGUGAUAUUCGGACUCAGAACACCAAAAUUAGUCUAAAUCAGCUGAGAAACCCAUGACGUUUUUUUGGUUGUUGCCCAGUGUUAUUUUUCUAUUUUAUACCUCUUUAUAUUCUGAAAGCAUCUUCAUUUGACAAUCAACAAAAUAAAAGAAAUCCUGUGAUUAAUUA